CCUGAGACUCGUUACUCGUUACCGGUUACUUGACUGACGAGUAUAACGAGUUGGCAGGCUUGCUUUGACAACAACAUAUAACUCACAAUAAUGCACUAGAUUGGUGCAGCUGAUGACAGCUACAACGGGCACCCAACGAAACGAGAGCAACAUCAUCAGCGAUAUCAACGACGACGACGACAGCAACAACAGCAACAACAUCAGCUGUACAAACAUUAAUUUUUAGACUAAUUCGGGGUGGGGGGCUGACGACUGACUACGGAAGACGGUCGCCAAAAAGACACGGAAGUGUUUUCUCACCAGAAACUUGAUUGAAAACCACCUUCGGUGCGUAGUAAGCCAUGGCCGAUGCUGCUGGUGGUGGCAUGCCCGAAAAUGCGGCCGAAAUAGCCGUGGCGAAUGCAAUCAAUAACAUCAACGGCCGCAAUCGUGUGCUCGCUGGCGGAGUACCUGCCGGCGGUGUAGGAGUGGGCGGAGGUGUUGGCCAAAACAACAUGAUGAACAUGCGGGAUCGUCUAUUUCAUGCCAUUUACUUUCGUGUAGCAGCCACCUAUGCAGAGUUAGUGCCACGCAAGGUGCAACUGGCAAUUGAAUUUCUGCUACUGCUGAAGGCUUUGGUGUUCUUCUUCACUUUGGUGUACAUACACACGGCAUUUAUAAAGCAUCCGUGCACCUGCCUGCAGGACGUGCAGAAUUGGCCACGCGAUGGCGUUAUACGAGUGGAAAUAAUACCACACUUGGCCGAGAAGCGUGCCAUAUGGCAGCGCAUUAAGUCCGAUCAGCAGCUGGUGCUGGCGCUUAAGCAUACUUACUACUAUGGCAUUGGACCGCAAACACUGGACAAUCACAAUAGGCUGAAGCGCUACGAGACGAUACUACGCAAACUGGGCUUGCCGGUGCGACCCAAUUUCGCCUAUGGCAACGAGAGUCUGUAUUACUAUUUCGAUGCCAUCAAUAUACUGGAUAGCUACGAGCAUCCCAGCGCUAUACCACUCAAGGCUGACGACGACGAUGAUGAGCAAUACAUUGUUGAGUAUUCGCUGGAGUACGGCCACCUGCGUCUCUCCGCCGACACACGCAAGAGAUUGAACAUACCCGUGCUGACUGUGCAGCUGGACCCGAACUCGAAUCCCUGCUUUGGCGAUAGACUGACGCGCUACCUGCUCAAGCGCCUGCUGGGCUAUGAUGAUUUGCUAAUGGCUUCGGUGCGCACUGUGGCCGAGAAGGAGGACAACAAGGGCUACCUGAGGAACGUGAUAACGGGCGAGCACUAUCGUUUCGUGUCCAUGUGGUGGGCUGCCUGGAGCAGCUAUCCAGCUGCAUUCUGUGUCAUGCUGCUCUUUACGUUCUCGGUGUCCAUGCUCCUGCGCUAUUCGCAUCAUCAGAUCUUUGUGUUUAUAGUCGAUCUGCUGCAAAUGCUGGAGUACAAUGUGUCGGCCCGCUUCCCCAUCGCGCCCCUGCUGACGGUAAUACUGGCGCUCGUAGGCAUGGAGGCCAUCAUGUCGGAGUUUUUCAAUGAUACAACAACUGCUUUCUAUAUAAUAUUGAUUGUCUGGAUCGCGGAUCAAUUUGAUGCCAUCUGCUGCCACACGGCCAUUACGAAACGCCAUUGGCUCAGAUUCUUCUACCUAUAUCAUUAUGCGUUCUAUGCGUAUCACUAUCGCUUCAGUGGACAAUAUCGUAGUCUGGCCCUGCUCUCGUCGUUUCUCUUCAUUCAGCACUCAAUGGUAUUCUUCUUUCAUCGGUACGAGCUGCCCGCCAUUAUGGCACAGCGUCAUGUCUUCAUCAUCACGCGAAAUCAAGCAAAUGCAGCAGCUGCUGCUGCUGCUGCUGCCGCCGGCGGCGGAGGAGGCGGUGGUGGUGGUGGUGGUGAUGCUGCUGCAGCUCCAGCUGUAGCUGGUCAACAGGCGGCGCUGCAACGUGCCCGGGUCAUUGUGAUGCGACUCUAUAGACAAUUGGCUGCACAGCGUCAGGGCCAGGCAGCUGGAGCAGGAGUGGGAGUGGGAGCAGCUGCUGGUGGAGGCGGCGGCGCUGCUGCUGCCGCACCGGCCGUGCCCAACAAUCACAGCGCUCCACUGGCGAAUGCUUUGGGUAAUUUGAGGCGGCUGCCGUUGGUGGGGCAGUGGUUGCAUGGACGCGACCAGUUUGCCACCGAGAGACGGGUAUUCCUUGGCCGCGGCCAUGGACACGGCCAGAUGAUGCAUGUGCGGCUGCAGCGCAUCAAUAUGGCCGACAUACCGGGACUGCAGACGCGCGCUGCUGCGGCCGUGGCAGCAGCCAAUGCUGCGGCGGUGGCUGCGCAGGCAGCAGCACAGGCGGCAGCAACGGCUGCCCAGGCAGCAGCAGCAGCAGCAGCGGCAACGGCAGAAACAACAACAAAUGAAGAUGUCGAAUCAAAUCAUGGACAAGGACGAGACCCAGAGCCAGAGACAGCAACAGCAAACAGCAUCAAUGAUGCAGGAGUAACAGCAACAGCAGCCGAGGCAGAAACAUUAGUCAA